GUGGCGGGUGAGACGGCGCACGGAAUGCAUUGCAAAGGACUGCUUGUGGCUUUUGACUUCGUUCCAAAGCUUUGUCUACAGAGAGACUGAAACUCAUGGCGAAGAAGGGUGCAGCAGCUGAGAAGAAGCCGGCAGACAGUAAGAAGGGCGGGAAGGGUGCGUCGAAGAGCUCGGAGGAUGCGGACGACAAGGGCAAGGGUAAGGGAGCCUUGAAGGCCGCCACCGCCGUGAACGUGCGGCACAUCCUCUGCGAGAAACAUUCCAAGGCGACCGAGGCUCUGCAGAAGAUUCAAGAGGGUCAGCGAUUCGACAAGGUCGCUCAAGAAUACUCGGAAGACAAGGCCAAAGCCGGUGGCAGUCUUGGCUGGAUGACAAGAGGGUCCAUGGUGGGCCCAUUCCAGGACGCGGCCUUCGCACUGCAGCCAUCCACGGUCGACAAGCCGAUCCUCUCACCGCUCGUGAAGACCACGUUCGGGUAUCACAUCAUCAUGGUCGAGGGUCGCCGGUAACGCUUGGGGCACUCAGCACUCACGAUCAGAAGCCCGCUUUCACGAGAACGAGCAACGUCGGAAUAUGUACUGAUUACUACCACACCAUGUACAAUAAGACCACAAAAGUGCAAACGAGGAGUGC